AAACAAAGAUGGCGGCCGCGCCGGGGUUGGUGGCCGGGGCGGCUGCGGGCCGACGCGCGGGCCAGGCCCACUGAGGCAGCGGCGCGGUGGGCAGGUUGCAAGGUCGCCGCGGCAGCGAGGAGCCGGCAGGGGCGCGCGGCGACCCUAACUUCCAGCCGGCGAGCGCGCCGGCAUCCGCCCGCCGGGCCGGCCGGCCGCGAUGUCCGGCGCCGAGGAGGCCGGCGGGGGUGGCCCGGCUGCGGGGCCCGCGGGUGCCGUGCCGGCCGGGGUCGGGGUAGGGGCCGGGCCUGGGGCUGCCGCGGGGCCAGCUGCGGCGGCGCUGGGCGAGGCGGCGGGGCCCGGGCUCCCGGACGAGGCGGGCCUGGCCGGCGCUCGGCAGCUGCAAGAGGCGGCCGGCGACCCUGACGCGCCGCCCAAGAAGCGGCUGCGGGCGGCCGAGGCGGCCGAGGCGGCGGCGGCGGCGGUGGCAGCGGGCAGCGGGAAGCUGGAGGAGCGGCUGUACUCGGUGCUGUGCUGCACCGUGUGCCUGGACCUGCCCAAGGCUUCUGUGUACCAGUGUACUAACGGUCACUUGAUGUGCGCUGGCUGUUUUAUCCACCUACUAGCAGAUGCCCGGCUGAAGGAGGAGCAGGCCACAUGUCCCAACUGUCGUUGUGAGAUCAGUAAGAGCCUCUGCUGCCGGAACCUGGCCGUGGAGAAAGCUGUGAGUGAGCUGCCUUCAGAGUGUGGCUUCUGUCUGCGUCAGUUCCCUCGCUCCCUCCUGGAGAGGCACCAGAAAGAGGAAUGCCAGGACAGGGUGACACAGUGCAAGUACAAGCGUAUUGGCUGCCCAUGGCAUGGCCCUUUCCAUGAGCUGACAGUGCAUGAAGCUGCAUGUGCUCACCCAACCAAGACAGGCAAUGAACUGAUGGAGAUCCUCGAUGAGAUGGACCAGAGCCACCGCAAGGAGAUGCAGCUCUACAACAGCAUCUUCAGCCUGCUCAGCUUUGAGAAGAUUGGCUACACAGAGGUUCAGUUCCGGCCUUACCGCACAGACGACUUCAUCACACGCCUGUACUAUGAGACACCACGGUUCACAGUGCUGAACCAGACAUGGGUCCUGAAGGCUCGUGUGAAUGACUCGGAGCGCAACCCCAACCUGUCGUGCAAGCGCACGCUUUCCUUCCAGCUACUCCUCAAGAGCAAGGUCACGGCGCCCCUGGAGUGCUCUUUCCUUCUGCUCAAGGGCCCCUACGACGACGUGAGGAUCAGCCCCGUCAUCUACCACUUCGUCUUCACCAACGAGAGUAACGAGACGGACUACGUGCCGCUGCCCAUCAUCGACUCGGUGGAGUGCAACAAGCUGCUGGCCGCCAAGAACAUUAACCUGCGGCUCUUCCUGUUCCAAAUACAGAAGUAGGAUGGGCCCGGGACACCUGAGGAGCAGAGGGCUGCAGUCCAGUAGUGCUGUCCCACCCCUCCCUGGCUUGGCAGCAGCUUCACACAACUAUCUGAUCAUUUUAGCGAAGGAGGCGAACCAAGAAAAUCAAACACUGAGAAAGUCUGCAUGCGUGUGCAACGGGGUCCCUGCCUCUGGCUCACCUUCCUCCCCUUUGCCUCCCACCUCCUGCAGGCAGCCAGAGGCUGGGCUGACCACAGUGGAAACAGUACUCUGGGCUCCUCAGGUACAGGUGGUGAGGAGGGCAAGGAGCCAACCACCCUCACCCCAGCUCCCAUCCUCACAUCGAGGUGGCACGGUGGUUCCCUGGCCGGGCUCAGGGGCCCUGGCUGACUUCAGACAGCAUAUUUGAUUGCAAUUAAAAAGGCAGCCUUGUUUCCUA